GCAGUUGCAUUUGUGUUCGUGACAGUGGUGAGUGGUUUAGUGGUCAUGGGCGGCGAUGAACUGCAAAAGGCUGUGUUAAAUUAUAACUAUGCAGUAGACAUAUUUUUUCCGAUACUGAAAUCCCCUCAAGCGUGAAAAGGAUAAAAAAUUUGUAUUCGGAGAAGAAACUGGUAAAGUUGAUAAAACGCGAGUCAAGGCAACGACCUAGAAGCUCGGUUGACGAGCGAGUUAUCUUUUCAAUAAGUCACAAGAUACUGCGAUCAUCUACCUUGUAAAUGAACCUCUAAAAAGGUACAUCAGGACCGCAAGUGCCUAUAGCAGGCCUAGCAGCAACUGCGUAUAUUAAUCCAGGUUUCAAUUGAAUGGUUUAUGAAUUGUAAGAAACAAUGCCUCUGUUCGGAAAGUCUCAAAAAAGUCCGGCGGAGGUGGUGAAGGCUCUAAAAGAGGCUGUCAAUGCGCUGGAGCGUGGUGACAAGAAGGUGGAAAAGGCGCAGGAGGAUGUCAGCAAAAAUCUCGUCCACAUCAAAAAUAUGUUGUACGGAACUGCAGAAUCUGAGCCACAAGCCGACAUCGUCGUGGCACAACUUGCACAAGAGCUGUACAACAGCAAUCUUUUACUUCUUCUCGUUCAAAAUUUGAGUCGAAUAGAUUUCGAGGGUAAGAAGGAUGUUGCUCAGGUAUUCAACAAUAUUCUAAGAAGGCAAAUUGGCACGAGAUCUCCAACGGUGGAGUACAUUUGCACCAAGCCAGAAAUACUGUUUACCCUUAUGUCCGGUUAUGAGCAUCAAGAUAUCGCCUUGAAUUGUGGUACUAUGUUAAGAGAAUGUGCCCGAUAUGAAGCGCUGGCUAAAAUUAUGAUCUAUUCCGACGACUUUUAUAAUUUCUUCAGAUACGUCGAAGUUUCUACAUUCGAUAUUGCUUCAGAUGCCUUUUCUACUUUUAAGGAGCUGCUCACGAGGCAUAAGAUUUUGAGCGCUGAAUUUUUAGAAGUCAAUUACGAUAAGGUCUUUUCACAUUAUCAGAGGUUACUGAAUUCGGAAAAUUACGUAACUCGUCGACAGAGUUUAAAGUUGCUGGGAGAACUGCUUCUUGAUCGACACAACUUCAGCGUGAUGACUCGUUAUAUAUCCAAUCCCGACAAUUUAAAGCUGAUGAUGAAUAUGCUUAAGGAGAAGUCUCGUAAUAUCCAGUUUGAGGCCUUUCACGUGUUUAAGGUAUUUGUUGCUAAUCCGAACAAGCCGAAACCGAUUUUGGACAUUUUACUCCGAAAUCAAGAGAAAUUGAUCGAGUUCCUCACACGCUUCCAUACAGACCGCUCAGAAGACGAGCAGUUUAACGACGAGAAGGCUUACUUGAUUAAGCAAAUAAAAGAGCUUAGAUCUGUACAUGAAAAUUGAGUUAAAAUAUUUUUACUUUUGUUUUCUAGUAGUUAUGUAAAUAAUAUUUACAUUCACAAUUUAUUAUUGUAACAUACAGACUUCAGGCAACAUAAUACUCUGCUACUUUCUAUCAAUCGAUUGGUUAUCCACCACUCAGUAUAGCAGCUAUAGACAAACAUUUCCCCAUCAAUUCUAUUCAAGAAUUUAUCGAUCCAUACGAAAAUUCCCAGUGAAAACUUGUACGAAUAUUUGCUUUUAUCUCCAAAAUCUAAAAGUAAUCUUAUCUUGAUGAACGUUUAUUUAAAUUGAAAAGCACACGUGUUUCCAAACUGGCGUUAUCUUUAAGCCGUGAAUAAACUUCUUCUGAGAUUUAUGUAAUAAAGUGUUGUCUGAUUCAAAAGAUAUUUAGUUAGAACAUAAGUUUAGUUAAUUUUUAAAUAGAAAGACAGAAAUCUUUAAAAUGCGAGUCGACGAGUUUCGCGCCGAUGCGACAUAACUAUCGGUAGAGAUGCUUUAUUAAAAGAAAAUCACAAGUAAAAAAAGCUUACCUGCUUUCGCAAACUCGUGUUUAGAAUAAAUGUGUGCUUUGAGCCUUGACCUUUGAGAGUUGAGGUUCACGCCUUACCCUCUCCGAAACACCUUUUGUUGUAGCUGCUGUACUUUGUUUUUGUACUUCAAGAUAUCCUACUCGCAGCGAAUGUAUUACUUAUAACGAUAGACAUUUCCUGCUUCAUUUUACGCUAAAAUUAUAAUCACAUGUAUGUAUAGAAUUGACUGUUAAAAUGUAACGCCAAAACAAUAAUUAUUGUUUUAUUAUAUUUAUUGCAAUAAAAGUAUUAUUAAAAAAAG